AUGCAAAAUGUUGCUGAUGUUGACCAAGAGGAUCCAGCGAAAAAUAAAGUAGAAGAUCUUACAAAUACUGUUCAGAUGCUGAGAGCAGAUGUCAGGGAGAUAAAGCAAAUUUUAUGUAGCCUGCUUGUGGAUAGGUCUGGCUCUCAGUACAUUGCCAGUAACGAUAAGUCGCUGGAUAACAGCGCAAAUUCCUAUGAAGAGGCUGGCAGCUCACCAUUACAAGCACUGUCAUGUAUCUCAAAGGUUGAGAACACACCAUGUUCGGUUGAUGCACGACAACAUGUUUCAUCAUUGGCCGUUGCAUCUUUAUCAAUGUUGCCCAUGUUGGAACACGUGGCUGAAGAAUCCGAAUCAUUGACACCUCUAGGAAAGGUUUUUUCAGCAAAGGCAGCAGGCCUCCCACAGACGAGCAAUUGUUUCCUCCCAUCCAGCAGAAUGUCACAUGGAGCUGAACUAAAACUAUGCGCAGCACCUGAGUGGGACAUUGUCGACCUGUCACAAUCACUUGAGGACACAGAGCCAUUCUGUUCGACAGCAAGGGCAACAGGGGUCAGAACGCCUCAGCGAGGAGUAUUAUCCCCACAACCAGUUAAUUCAAGGCUAUCGUCAGUAAUGACAUCUCCACAGGCACACAACAAAAUGUUACCGUUAGCAGCAACACCACCACAACGAGGCAUCAGUGGCCGAUGCAACAUCUUCGGUAGUUCUCAAUCAGAGACAGAAGGAGGUGAGACCGACGGCGCGUCGGCAGAAUGCAAAUGCGAAUUCUGCGGCAAAACCGUACUGGGGGGUUACGGCGCUCUCGCUCGCCACAGACACGACCACCGGGCGGAUGCGCAGUUCCACUGCAGGAUUUGCGGUAACGUGCUGCUCUCCUUCCGAAAUCUUGAAAUGCAUUAUCGCGCCCACGCGACUGCACUGACCUUCAGAUGUCCUCUGUGCGCGGCCGCGUUUCCGCAGCGUGGACAACUAUACGCGCACAUGCGGGAGGAACACACUAGAGGCGUUCUGCACAGGUGCAGCGUGUGUCUAAAGGUGUUCGGAUCAGGGCAGAAGCUGCAGCGUCACGCAAGAAGCAUGCACACGAAGAAGCGAUGA